GGAGCUCAAAACUGAAAACAGUGCGUUUGAGGUUAGAGCGGCAGAGCGCAGCGCCCCCUAUGUUUUGGAGAGCCAUAUUCAGGUAUCGAUUUUCUUACCCUCUAAUUCUCCUCGUUCUUCCAUUUUAGACGGCAAUGAUGGGUCAAACGUGAUAUCUUCAGGUGUUUUAAGCUGCUUUCCAAGUCCAUAUACCAUUUAUGUAUGCUUCUUCAGAAGUGGCUUCCAGCAAAGUGCUGCUACCAAACAGCCCUUAAUCAAAUCAAGUGUCUCCCAUGAAUUAAAUUAUUAUUUCCCCAAAUUGUUGUUUGAAUUAUUUGUAUCUGUUUCUGCCAAGUCUUUGCAUUUGGCUGAAAUUUGUUUAGGGCCAGGUGUAUGUAAUCAUCAUGGCCCUGCAUACUCUACCAUUUAAAGUUGGACAGGACGUGGAAACAAGAUCGUUUCUGAAAGGCUUUCGUGGUGCGUGGUUCCGGUGUAAGAUAAUAGAUAUUGGCUGGAGAAAUGGUCAGCUGUCAUGUGCUUUGAAGUAUUAUGACUUUCCAGAUGAAAAAAUAACUUGGGAGAAAAUAUAUCAACACAACCCUGCUGAUGGUAAGAGGAAAAGAAAGGCGAACAUGUUGAUGAUGCGUCCUCCCUUUCCUUCUAUCUAUCAUGAAAGUAAAAGGCCGGAUGCCAAUACCAUAUUGCAAGCGGUAGUUGUUGUCAGUGAUGCCUGGAAAGUUGGAGAUUUAGUUGAUUGGUGGAAAGAUGGUUGUUAUUGGUCCGGAAAAGUAACAGAAGUAUUAGGGCAUAAAAAGUUGAAGGUUGAGUUGCCGCUUCCUCCUGUUGGUGAAGGAGUUAAAGGACAGACUUACGAGGCUUCUUACAAGGACCUACGCUCAUCCUUGAAUUGGUCUCUAGAAUAUGGUUGGACAGUACCUACACCCAAGGAGAGGGAAAAUGGGCAUCCAUGUGUACGAGUAAUAAAGCCUGAUAAUCAAGGAGACAUUCCAAGUUUAGCGGCCCAAACUGUGGAUGAAGGAAAAAGAGAUGUGCAGGAAAUUGCUAAUGCUGAUCAAUCUUUAACAGCAAAAGAUAUAGUCACUGCAGAAACAAAUAUGGAAUCUGAUGUAGCAGAUAGUCGAUUUGAGAAGAGUUGCUCAUAUAGCGGUUUCAGUUCGCAUAUUAAAGACGCAUUGAAUAAUACGGGGGGAACUGCAACUAGGAUAGACAUAGUUGAUAAUGGUAGAUCUUUCAAGAGGAUGAAAGCUGAUGAAGGCAUAAUAUUAAAUCCAGUGAGCUCUGAUACAUUAGAAGCUGCAAUUUUGGACUUAGAGGAACUUGUAAACCGGAUUAAAUGGAUGAAGGGGAUGUUGGAGAUUGGAAUGCCUUUCACGGGUGCUAUGCGCCCCCGUUGGAAAUUUCUAAAAAAUCAUACCUCGCCCACUCCAAAGUGAGGGUUUCCACUAGCAAGUUAAACGGUAGGAUGGCAGGAGAAAACUGGACAUGACCACAGUUCAUUAGUGUUCAUUCAAGUAACUUCUAUAAUUCUGGUGUGUAUCUUAAGCUUGGCAUGAACAUACCCUUUCUACUAAUUCAGUCUCUAGUUGGAGAUUG